AUUUCGUAUAAUACAACCACACUGGCUUAUUUACAGAAAAGUUGCACGUUUAAAGUAAAACACAGUUGCAGGAAAAAGUUAUUCUCGUGAAAGAGACUCUUAUCUUAUUGAAACCGUGUUCUAUACAUCGUUUUAUUAAAAGAGCACAAUAUUUUCCCCCUAAAGUAAAGCUCUCAGUAGCUGAGUGUUUGAAAGGGGUCUGUCGACUGGAGCGGAAGCGCUGAGUGUCGUCUUCCUUCUGGCCGACUCUCAGGAUGAGGAUCGGUCACAGUCUGAUCAUCUCACACCAACAGUUCCUCUCCCGCCUCCCGAAUGCAGAUUAAGAGGCAUGCCAAAAGAAAAAUAUGAUCCUCCAGACCUGCGCAGAUUAUAUACCAUCAUGUCAGCUGAGGAGGCGGCCAGUGGGAAGAAGUCGCACUGGACCGAGUUAGAGAUUUCUGGGCGGGUCAGAAUCCUGAGCAGUUCACUAUGGGCGCUGACACAUUUGACUGCUCUUCACAUCAAUAACAACAACCUUAGCCGGAUUCCUCCUGAAAUCGCGAAGCUACCCCAUCUUGUCUACCUGAACCUGUCCUCCAACAAACUGCGCAGCCUGCCAGCAGAACUCGGCAACAUGGUGACUCUCAGGGAAUUGCUUUUGAACAACAAUUGUUUACGAGUUUUGCCUUAUGAACUUGGUCGGCUGUUUCAGUUGCAAACCCUCGGUCUCAAAGGUAAUCCAUUAUCCCAGGAUAUACUCAGCCUUUAUCAGGAGCCUGAUGGAACAAGAAAGUUAUUGAAUUACAUGCUUGACAAUCUAGCAGUCCACCCAGAACAACUCCCCCAAAGACCUUGGAUCACGUUGAAGGAGCGAGACCAAAUGAUGCCCACAGCUGUGUUCACAGUUAUGUGCUACAAUGUAUUGUGUGACAAGUAUGCAACAAGGCAGUUGUACGGCUACUGUCCCACCUGGGCCCUUAACUGGGAAUACAGGAAGAAAGGCAUCAUGGAAGAGAUCACUAACUGUGACGCUGACAUCAUCAGCCUGCAGGAGGUGGAAACAGAGCAGUACUACACUUUCUUUCUGGAAACAUUGAAAGAGCGUGGAUAUGAUGGCUUUUUCUGUCCAAAGUCUCGUGCCAAACUUGUGUCAGAACAGGAGAGGAAACAUGUGGACGGCUGUGCUGUGUUUUUCAAAACUGAGAAAUUUGCUCUGGUGCAGAAACACACAGUGGAGUUCAAUCAGGUUGCCAUGGCAAACUCUGAGGGCUCUGAGGUUAUGCUUAAUAGAGUCAUGACCAAAGAUAACAUAGGAGUAGCCGUCCUAUUGGAGGUGAAAAAAGACCUGUUUGCUAGUGGUUUAAAGCAGCCUCCAGAGAAACAACUCCUGCUGGUAGCUAAUGCCCACAUGCACUGGGAUCCAGAGUACUCCGAUGUGAAGCUCAUCCAGACCAUGAUGCUACUGUCUGAGCUGAAGAGCAUUGCUGAAAAGGCUUCAGGCUCCAUCAGCUCUGCCUCACCCACUUCAGACACCAGCUUCAUCCCUAUAGUCCUGUGUGCUGACCUCAACUCACUCCCAGACUCUGUACUGCCUGUGAAAGCAAGACGCUUACAGAAUGAGCCAGCAGCACCAGCAUCCCAGCACCCUUCCAUCCAUUCAUCCAUCUCUUCUCUUCACUGGAGAGACAUCUUAAGUCUUCUAAAGUUGCAUUUAUCCACUUAUAAUAUUCUUAUGAAAAAAAGAUGUGGUUUACCAGUGCUUUUCCAAAAAAAUGCUAAAUCUUCCAAAUAUUUGCUAUGAACUGACAUACUGUACACUGAAGAGGAAAUUACUUUAAAAUUGUUUCCCUGGUUCCCUUUAAAACUGCUACCUGAAUGUUUUUUGCACUUCAAUAUGUUUGAAACCAAUCAAGUAAUGCCCACAAAAACAAGUGUUCCUCACCCAGGGAUAUAUUGGGUUCAUGUCUGUUCUCCAAAUUUCGUCAGAUUGGUGGACAAAUGUUAUUCCCCUUUAAUUCGAAUGUUGCUAAGAGCGAAUUCUGCAUUUAUACCAGCUGAAUAUAUUUACUGACUGCCAAACUCUUUUUAAUCCUGAAUGUUCAGUUUGUGUUUUUAAAGUAGAAGUAAAAGCAUGUGGAAAAUAGCAGUAGUCUUUAUAUGGACCCAAGGACUGGUGUUACCAUUGAUGAAGGACUGAAGAAGGCAUGAUUGUUGGGCGAUGUAAAGCAUUGUUUUACCAAGGUACUAUGACUAGAAUAGCCAAACAAGAGAAUUUGUUCCCUGUAUGAUGACUGCAAUAUCCUAUAGGCAAUUAUCAUUGACUUUUGUGUUAAACAAUGGCCUUUUCUUGCAGUUACUUCUCAGCUGAGGAGCACAGGUUUUGUAAAUCUCGUUUGGUUUAAAAAACAACAAAUGCUAAUGUGGAAAACAAAACUCAUCUUUAUUGUGGUAAUUUUACACCUUAAAUUUAGAGGUGCUACAUGUGGCCUGUUUAUACAAUAAAAUCACAGUCAACUGAA